CGGUCUUGCAUACUUUGUACGUACCUUUUUAUGAGCAUUUGUAUUUUUUUUUUGUUCCAUUUUAUUACUUGUUUUUUAAUUGUUGUUAACUUUUUGAUCUUCAAAUGCAGUGUCGUGCUUUUGAUUCUUUUAUGCAAGUUACUAUGAGAUGUCGUGAUUUUGAUCAUCUCCACCAUUGGCAAACAUCAACUCUUUAUUUCCCUUGGAGAAGCAAGGACAACAAUUUUGAUUGUGGUGUCUAUGCAAUCAAAACCAUGGAGCUGUAUGAUGGUCAAAAUACUAACCAUUUUGCACUUGUUGACCUGAAAAGGGCAGCCACCAAAAACCUUGAGCGGUGCAGGCUUGCGCUUCGUCUUGUGGACCAUCCUUUAAACAAACUGAGAGAGAAAGUGAAGCAUGACUGUUAUGUUUUGUCUACAAACAAACCUCAACUGAUGGCAAGACAGAAGUUAAGGAAGGAUAAAGAGGUUGUUCUAGAUAAAUUAGCAUUUAAUCGAUCAAAGAUGACAAAUAGAAAAGAAGCACACAUUUUACGGCGAAGGAGGGAUCAUGAGGCGCAAGUAGAAGAGGUGUUGAAUAAUAAUUUUGGAGACAAAGUGAAAAUAGAGCAACUGUUGAAAUUUCGUUAUUCUAAGUUGCCAAACUGUUUUUUUUUUUUUUUUGAUUUUUUAUUAUAAUGUACAGUAGAAAUAGCACACCAUUAAUUUUUGUAAUGUACAGUAGAAAUAGCACACAACUCAUUUUAUAUUUU